AUGGUGACUACGGCUUACGUUGAUACCCAUUCAAUGAUGAGAGAGGCCUAUGUGUGUGCUGUUCUCCCGACUCAGCGCAAUCAAAAGGAAGCAGAAUGUCAGCGGGCGUGGUUCAAAGUGCACAAGGAAUGGAAGCAUGAGUACAAACCAACUCGUGCCUCCAAAAGAGAAGACAAAGAUCAUAUCAACAACUGCUUCUCUGCGACAGCGCCGAUAAAGCUGACGACGGAGAAAAAAAUGUCUGAUUUUCCACACACUGCUCUCAGCUAUCGCAAGCCUAGUCCACCAGAAACUUUACCACCAACUGCCUCGAUUCCACCGCUUUGGAGAACCGAUGCUAUGCCGACUGAGGUUUUCCCAGAGUGGACAGAUCCCACAACGCUCUCUGCAGAACAUUGGUGCACAUUGGAACAGCCAUUCAACGACUUUUUGACGCCAAAAAGCGUGCUUGUGCCCGAUGAGGCAAAAGAUCUAACGGAUACAAUCACAUGGAAGCGGCCGUCUGAAUUUUUGCCUAUGAUUACGCAAGAGUAUUCUUCACCACAGCCAGAGUCGAAAAUUGCUUUAAAGAAAAGCACUGUUUUUGGUACAGAAAAUGGAGGCUUUGGCAACUUAUCUUCUCAAAAGAAAACUCACAUCUGCGUUUAUAAAAGUAACAAAUCGAGUGGCUUAUCAAACAGCUCUUCGACUUUGCCACCAACCGCAAUUUUGCAGCAACACGACCACGUGCUGCGCAUUCCCCGAGACUUCCAGAGACGUUGGAGUGCCGAGCAACUCGAGACUUGGGAAGCAUGGGCAAAAGAAGAGGAACGCAUAAAGCAAGACCUGCAACAUCGUGAGCUCGUGUACAUGAGUUUUGAAGAUGCUAUUGCAUACAUUGUGAAUGAGCGACCGACAAAUGGGGAUUUUGAUUCCGAUGACUUAGUAGAUGAUGGCAUAGAAGAUGAAAUUCUGUUACCAAGCAUGAAUUUGAGUUAUACAAUUUCUCCUUGGGGAAUGGCGCCUCCUCCAAGAAUGGAAAUCACCCCAAACAGUGUGUAUAAGCCUGAAAUCCCUCGUGGAGACAUUAUCCACUCCGCCAUGGCAUCCUAUUUUCGAAUUGUCGAGCAGUUGUACCAUUCGAGCAACAGACGCAAUCACGAUGGUAUAACUUUUUCAGUACCAUUUUUGUGGCAAGCUAUCUACCCCCAAGACAGUGAUGGACAACCAGUAUACAAUCCAGGGGGGAAAUACAGUGUCAAAUUAUUUGUCCUUGGACGCUGGCGCCGCGUUGAUAUCGACGACAAGUUACCAUUGGACUCUAACGGAAACUAUAUAUACCUUUCAAGCUCAUUAAAGUAUGAGCUCUGGCCUUGUCUAUUGGUGAAAGCUUUGUAUACAGCGAUGUAUAUGCUGCAUUCUACUCUUGUAAAUCAAGAAGUUCGGCACCAACAAAACAUGUGCCAGGACGUAAUUCAGACCAUGUUAGCGCUCACUAGCUGGAAGGUCUCUCGAUGGGAGCAUAUUGAAAAUGACAUUAGUAAUGAGAACGUGUUUCACCAAGUUCUUGAGUACGUACCAAGCUCGCGACAAUCCAGGCAAGCUGAAGGAAAUAGCGAGGGAAUUAGCGCAAGUGAGGGGUUAGCGGACGGGACAACAGAUGAUUCUCAAUCUGUGACCCUGAAGAAGCCAUCAACUGAAAACAACCCCAAGCCUUGCGCUGCUAUCUGCUAUGUUGGUGUCAAUAAAAUCGCUCACAUGGCUCCUGGUGAGCUGGUUUUAGUGACGGAUGUUGUCGGGGACUUCGGUAGCACAAUAUUCAAGGUUGUUCGACAAGGCGCUCCGGUUACCAUAUCAGAGGAAUCGACUGGAUAUAGCGAGCUGAUCGUCUUGUUGAUUCACCCACCGCUCCAGUUCUCUGAUACAGUUGUUCGCGAAUGGAAGCCGAAUGCAGAAUUUGAACAAUCCGAUAAUUUGAGUGCAACACUUGUGCCAUUUGAAGCUCCGCGUGUGCAAUUUGUGGUGAUUACAGUGCAAGAUCCAAUUUCGAAACAUCUUUCGAAACAGCUUUCUGGAAGCGUUUCUAGUGGUCUAGUGCAGAAACGAGUCAAUUUUGUAGCCUCUUUGACUUCUAUCCAGCCACCAGAAGAAUUAAAUCGGAGAAAGGAUCAUAUGUGCAACUCUUUGGCGUACAUGGCCAACCAUCGCAGCAUCGAUGCCAACGACAGUGUCAUUCUGAUUGAAAUGAAGGACGAAAUGACUUUAUCGACGUCUUCACCACCAUCAAUCAUCACACUUGACUCAACCUUCUCCAGAUUUAUUAGUAUUUCGCCAGAGGAUCAAGACAAAAUUGUGUACCGCUUGUACCUGCAACAGACUUUGCGAUAUGGCUACAGCAUUGAAGUCGAAUCGGAUCACAACAUUGUACUUCAAGAUGCUCCAACGUACUGGCGCAGCCUAUCUAAGCUCCAUGUGAUGGAAUGCGACGGGCAAUACCCAGUCAUGUUGCCAAACACAUGGAAUAUCUUGCUCAAAUAUAGCUUCGAGCUUCUUUCAUCAACCCAGAAAGACGAAGACAUGCCACCAUCAUCACCUGAUCUUAAUAUUGAUUUUCAUCUCUCGGAAGAUCUGCUUAAAAACUUUUCGCAUGUUACAAUUGUAAAUGAUCGUACAGGUAAAACCGAAGAAAUCAGUACCCUCUGUACAAAGAUCACGCUUCCCAGUGCCUUUGAUUGCGCAACGUGUGACGGAAUUAAUCGUCUAGCCUACACAAUAGUUGUUGAUUGCGUUCCUGGAAAUUUUCAUGUUCGUGAGGGCAAAUGGAACCUCACACUCGCUAGUGAAUGGAAAUUUAGUAAGCCACUAACCCAUAACAUGAAAGUGACCUCAUUUGAAGGAGUUUACGAGCCAAAUAGCUCAUUACUGUGUUUUCGGGAUGUGAUCGUGGCGCCGAAGACAUCGAUCUGGACAAGUUUUCAGUUUCAGUUUCAAAGUGAUGCUGGUCCCUUAGACAAUCUUGUCCCUCAGCUUACUAUCUUCGAUGCUGCCACCAACCAGCCUUUGCAAAUCAGAGAAAUUACUUCCAGGGGGGAAACUCGCGUACUUCAGCUCCCAUUUGUCUCUGCAAUUGAGAACGGGCAGGCACCAUCGGGAAAAAGCUAUAUAAUUCAAGGAAGCAUUGAUCAAGCCAGCAGCGUCGUACCAAACGUGCUUUGGUCCCUUUGUCCAUUUCGUAGUACCUUUGAUUCUAUCGUACCAAAAGAACGCACACCCGCGUCGGUGGACGAAAAUGCACAUUCCGAAUUUUCGUUGAAUAUUUUACCACUUGAUUUGUGUCGCACUUCAAGCGGCAUUAAAUGGAAACUUACCUGUUGGAGCACGGAGGAAGUGAAGCUUCAGCAAGACAAUGCAACAGAGCUCAAAUUUAAAAUUGUUCGUGCUUCUUGGGCAGAAAAGGCGUCGAAUCGUACCACAAACGGGGCUGUGUCACGACUACUUUAUUUAGGGAAGCUAGAGGACGCCAAGGCUGUGAUUACGCGAGACAAAAUGACGGAUGAGCAAAUCGUUGUGAUGAGGAGCCGCUUUGAGUGGAUUCAAGCGGCAAAGGCGAACGUGGUACUAAAAACAGGUGCGUCUGAAACAAAUCUAAAGGAAAUUAAAGUUGAGACGAAAGAACAAGUGUGGGAAGAGGAUUUUACUGAACGCAAGCGACUUCUGCGCGAACAAAUGGACGCUGUCGACGCGGACAAAGAUCAGCGUCUUGUUUCUCGCUUACUGGAUAAAGAGGUUUGUGCAAAUGAGACGAAAUACCUAAUUCAAUCUGUGAUCGACAGGCGUGCUUCAUCAACUAAAAAGCAGCAAAAGCUCACGCAACAACUUGCACUUAUGCAGACUCUGAUAGUAUAA